AUGGCUACCAGGAGGGCGCUGAGGGCCGCUGCCAAGGAGGAGGUGCUGCCGCCAAUCCCGGAGUCCAAGCCGGAGCCCCAGCCAGACCCUUCCCAGUUGGAGACUCAGCCUCUAACCCCCAUGGAGACGUCUGGAUGUGCCCCAUCAGAGGACAUGCUGUGUCAGGCUUUUUCUGAUGUCUUGCUUGAUGUGGAAGACGUAGAUGUGGACGAUGGUGCUGACCCAAACCUCUGCAGUGACUAUGUGAAGGACAUCUACAAGUAUCUGAGAGACCUUGAGGAAAAUCAACCUGUAAGACCAAAAUACCUGGCCGGCCAGGAAAUCAAUGGGAACAUGCGUGCCAUACUAAUAGACUGGCUUGUGCAAGUACAGAUAAAAUUCAGACUCCAGCAGGAGACCUUGUAUAUGGCAGUUGCUAUCAUUGAUCGCUUCCUGCAGGACAAUGCCGUUACCAAGAAGACGUUACAGCUGGUUGGUGUCACAGCUAUGUUCAUUGCCAGCAAAUAUGAAGAGAUGUUUCCCCCACAUAUUGGAGACUUUGCCUAUAUAACUGAUAACACUUACACAAAGUUCCAAAUCUGCCAGAUGGAGAUGAAGAUCCUGCAAGCCCUGGACUUUGAUCUGGGUCGCCCUCUCCCUCCACACUUCCUAAGAAGGGCUUCAAAGAUUGCAGAGGUGGACUUGGAGCAGCAUGUUCUGGCCAAGUACCUGAUGGAGUUGUCCAUUGUGGACUAUGAUAUGGUUCACUUCCCUCCAUCCAAGACCGCAGCGGCUGCUUCCUGUUUGGCUCUGAAACUGCUCAAUGGAUGUGAAUGGACUCCAACUCUGCAACACUACAUGUCUUACGCUGAGAGUGACCUUCUCCCAGUUAUGCAGCACAUAGCAAAGAACAUAAUUCUUGUGAAUGAGGGCGUUACCAAGCACGUGGCAAUCAGGAACAAAUACGCCAGCAGCAAAAAUGCCAAGAUAAGUGCCAUUGAACAGCUGGACUCUUCUAUCAUAUGGAAGCUAGCCCAGCAUCUGAUUAAGAAGUUCUGCGGCAUCUCGGUGGAGGCUGUGAACAGGGCGAGGCGUCGGCGAGCCCUGGGGCCGGCCCGUGUCAGGUCGGAGCACAGGCAGGAGUGGCGGCACAGGCUCCGCUAA